AUGCCGAAAAUCCGCAGAGAACGCACCAAAUACCACGACCUCGCGCCGCACUCGCGGCGUCUUCAGUCGGGAGAAGAGUCGGCGGCGCCCAACGCCGAGCCUGCCUCGCCAGCCGCCGAAGCGCGUCUCGAGCAACUGAGGCAGACUUUCUCGACAGAGAAGUCGGAUGGCGAACAGCAGCGAACGGCGGCCCAUUCACGCGCCGCACACGGUUCGGGAAGGCAAUACAACGAGGCUGUGAGCAAGGAGAAGAUCGACGCCACGCUGGAACAGUCCUUCUUGGGGCUGUCCCGGGGGCAGCGGCGGCGGCUAGCCAAGCGCGAGGCGUGGUUGCGGAAAUUCGAUUUUGCAGGCUACGCGAGGGAAGUGAAGGCGCAAAAGCAGAAAGAGGAAAACGCACGGGCUGCACACCCGCUCUUCGAUUUCGGAACUUUCCGGAGUCAACUCGAAACAAUCGACUCGUCUAUAAGCCGACGGGGGGGCCAGGCCCGUGGAACCGGCGGGGAUGUCGCGGGACCGGAGAGGAAGGGAACGGGGAAGAUUUCGAGGAAGACGUUUCAGCGCGUGACACAGCGGGAACUCCAGCAGUACGACGCCGUUCUCAACUUCCCUGCCUUCCAAGAAAGCCCGCUGGCCGCCCUCAAACUGCACAUUGAAAACACGCUGAACCUGCAGAAGCAAAUGGAGCGGGGCGAGGGGCCGCGGGACGACGUCAAGCGAAAGACAGAGGCAGCGGGAGGCAAACAGACAGCCGUACCAAAGCGACCGCGGUAG